UUCCAUCAAUGUGACAUAUUAUGUGAAAUACAGCACUAUUGUUCGUGAUGUCUGAAAGCACAGAUCUAGCCAGCUCCAGUUCACCGCAACGAAAGAAGGCCAGACUUGAUAAUGCAACUCCUUCCUCCUCCCAAGCUGAACCUGCUAACAGCUGUCCUAUAUGUCUAGACAGUUGGUCAUCCACUGGAACUCACAGACUGGUUUCUCUCAAAUGUGGACAUCUCUUUGGACAACUUUGUAUAGAGAAAUGGCUAUCUACUCGAUAUACUUGUCCACAAUGCAAUGGUAGUUCAAAGAAAUCAGAUAUCCGACCUAUAUAUGCUAAAGUGAUAUGUGCUGUUGAUAAUGAUGAGCGUGAUGAUGCCCUACGGCUAUUAGAGACUGAGAAAACUAAAAGAAAUCAUCUGGAAAAGCUCCAUUUGAAAACAAGCAUGCAGUGCCAAAUGUUUGCGUCAGAAAAUUCCUUCAUGAAGAAAACGAUUAUGGAAUUGGAAAACAGAUUAAAAGCAAGUGAGCACAUGCGUUCAACUAUCUCAGCUAUAUCUGGACAUGGCUGCUACUCAUUCUCCAAAUCUGUAUUCGCCUCAGCUGAGAAGAAAGCACAUAUUUUUCAUUCCGAUCCUUUUUCUGGCUUGAUUGCUGUGUCAAAAAAAUUUGAAGAUACUUUGAAUCAAUAUGGUGUGUUAAAGAUUAGCUCUAUCGAUUCUUGUCAUCAUGAAUUUGUUGGUCUUCAUUUGAAUCAGAUAAGGGAUGUUGCUUUUGAUCCUCAUGGGAACACCACAUUGCUAUCCUGUAGUAAGAACAAAGAUAUUAAACUCACUUGUAUGAAAUCAAACAAUACAGUAAUAACAUAUCAGGCUACCAAGGACUGCUGGAGUUGUAGCUGGAGCCUUGCUAAUAGUUACCAUAUUUACUGUGGACUUCAAAACGGUGAAGUGAUGAUGUUUGAUAUAAGAAAUACAAAGGAGGUCAUUGAAAGCAUAUGCCCUACGAAUGGUCCCCAAAAGUGUCCCAUUGUAUCGGUUGUCUCUAUUCCAUCACCAGCUGAAAACGGUAAAGAGGGUCUUUUGGUUUCCACCUUACAGUGUAUAACAUAUUAUAAAAGGGACACAAAAAACAAGUUUGUUGGUGAUCUCCUGGAGACUCCAACAGGUGCUCUCUCCUCUGUCUCCUUUGAACAUGACAGGUCUCAGAUCUUAGCAUCUUAUAAACCAAAUACAAAGUAUCCUAAAGAACGUCAUAUACUGAUGAACCUCAGUUUUGAGGAGAAAACAGUAGCAAAUGUAGUUAGUACAUUUGAAGGAGGGACCAAUCAGCACCUGAGAUCACGGUCUUGCUUGAUAAAAUGCCCUGAUAAUGACAAUCAUCUGCUUGUUUGUGCAGGGGAUCAAUCUACCAACACUGUGAGAAUCUGGAGCACUACGGACAUGCAGCAGCUGCAAAGUUGGGAUUGCAGAAAAGAAGACGGGCCUAUAAUUGCAAUGGGUCCUCACCGAGCAGCUGGAGUCAACUUCAUCUGUGCUUUGACCAAUCAGCGAUUGAAUCAGUACAAGUGGCUUUACUCUAAGUCUCACUUUUCAGAGGCAUCACAAGCAUUUUCGACAUGAAAAACAAGUUGUAUGUUACCAAUUCCAAUAUAAAUAUGGGAUACAUUUAAAACAUCCUGGAAAUACUCAGGACCAUCAUUUUAAUGUAUUGAUUUUACUUAACAGCAACAAAUAGGGUAUUGAAAUGGUACAAUUUUAACCUGUGGCAAUCAUUAUCCUGUCAUAGUGCGUUAUUAUUACAUUUCCACACUUCACAGUACCAGUAUUGCUUAAAAUACUGAUUUUUAUUAUGAAUAUUAUUAUGCUUUAAAGUUUCGUUCACAGGUGAGUAAAAUAAAACGGAAAUGUCAAUCUUUGAUCAGUUAAACAAUAAA